UGCAGGGCUCGCGCCGACGCGUUGCGCAGUUCUGCUCGCGUGGAAAGUCAGCUCGGAGGAAAAAUUUGUGACGUGCUUGACCUGUGUAUCUCUCUCUUCUUCUUCCUUACUCUCUCCCUCUCCUUCUGUCGCGCGUAUAGCUCCCAGUAAGAUGCCCGUGUAUUUGUGAAAUAUCGUGACCGCGCGCGGCCAUCACGUUCCCUUACGACAGAAUCAAGAAAAACGGCUGGCGAGGAACAAUAAUGCCAGGCGCGCGGAGGCGGCGGUGCGAGCAACGAUAGCUUAGAUCUCAUAAAAUUGCUGUUAAUAGUCAUACUGUCUCGCAGGCAGCAUGAAUAAUCCUUACCGUGCUAGACCGACUAGAUCUCGGGUGGACCAUUCCGCUGCUUAUGGAAUACAUAAUCAAAAUAUGUGGAUGCCUAUGCCAAGACCACAGUCGGAUAUUUCGUCGUCAGCAUCUAUCCAGCAGCCAUCUGUCGUGAAUCAAUCCAAACACACUAACAAUACAUGGAAGGAUCCCUGGGAUUGGAAUCUGGAUCAGCAAUCAGAUACUCAACAACAACAGCAGCAACAUUAUAUACCCUCAUAUCCGAACCAAGGACAGUUGAUAUCCAAUCCCGUCCAGGAUCAUUAUUACAAAAACCUGAACAACGAUGUGACCGAUCUACUUAAUCAGAACUCCGUGUCUGGCAGGAACACACCCAGGACAGAGUCUUCGCGUCAAGUUGGCCCGAAUUACACGGAUUCUUUCUACACGAACUACAAUCAAAAUCAGCAGUAUCCGUUGCAACGUCGACAGGUCGCCACCGGUUACGAGCAUUCUCAGUGGGCUGACGAACAGCAGCAAGCACAGAACGCCGCUGCAUACACCGCGCAGCAGAGAUUCGCGCCACCGCAGAAGGAGCCGCCGCAAUCGAGCGCAGCGUCGCAUAAUUACAGCUGGAACAAAGAUGACUCGGCGUCGCAGCAUAAUUGGCAGAAGUAUACCGACAUGCUGGGCCAUGCUUGGCAAGACGAGCCGGUCGACAAUGCGAAUAACAAAUGCGUGCAAAUGAAGGAACAUUCCAUGUUGAACAGCAGACAUCAGACUGUGAAUGAAGCGGGUAACGCCGCAACGUCGACCCAUCAACCUGUGCAAACGAACAACUUGGACGAGUCGUUCAACUCCUGGCAGUCUCCAGCAGAUUGGAGGGUUGCGCAGAACGACUGGCAGGCGACGACACCGUUUCACUACGUACCCAAUAUAGAUGACGAACAGCACGAAUCGACGAUCCCAGCGAAACCGAGCGACGUCAAGUCGACGACUGAGGAGAACGUCAGCGAGAACGACUUCCCUCCCGCGGACGAGUUAUCGAGCAACCUCGGUCAGCUCAGUAUCAACACGGCCGACGAAUCGUUUAACAUCCACUCCUCCGUGCCCGACAAUGUGUUACCACCGGCGGAGAACUCAUAUCAGAGCGGCGCCGCUAAGGAGGGCAACGUCUCGCAAAGCGGAUACGAUCAGUGGUACAAGCAGAGCGCGUUGGAGAACACGUGGUACGGCAAAGAUCGUCCACCCAAGCAGUGGAACGCCGAGCAGAAUGUCGAGAACUACGAAAACAUCCAGCAGACGUCGGACUUUGUGAACGUCGAGGUCGUCACGACGAGCUUGCAAGAACGCGAUAUCUACGGCUCGCGGGACUCCAUCAACAAGGAGACGCUGGACAACGAGCCGAAACCGAAGGAGGCCAACCAGCGGGACUUCCGGGAGGAGGCGAGCAACGUCGAGGUGGUGCGUCCACCUUUGGAGCAGACGCCGGACAACUACGAGUUCGCGUCGAACGAUAGGAACACAUUUUUGGAGACCGGCGAACUGACCGAUUCGCAUCAGGAACACGAGCCGACCCCGCCCAGCCAGGACGACGAGAACGACGAAGUGCCUAACGAUAUUCCGUUCCUGCGCGAGGUGCCGGGCCAAUCGAGCAGCAUGGAUCCGCGCAGGAACGAUCCGACUGGUCAGGAACAGUACGGGCAGCGUCUGUCCGACCCGAGGAGGAACGAUCCUUCGGGUCAAGAGCAACGUCGCGACGUUCCGCCAGGGCAGGAGAGAAACGCCGACUCGGACGCGCUGGAGCGACGGAACGAUCCAUCCGGCAGGGAGCGAUCCUUGCCGCGCAACGAUCCGUCCGGGGAGGAGAGGUCACGGCAGAUCACUCUGGAGCCGAGCGAGACCCGCCAAGUACCCGGCAGGGAGCCCGAGGAAGCGGCGCAGCAGACGGACGCGGAGCUCCGGCAGAUACCCGGCGGAGCGUCCCCGAACGACGUCGCGCAGACGUCGACGGACGACAGGACGGCCGGCCGAGUGGUCACCGGCUCCCAGGAGGUGGUGGCUGCGAUGCAGCAAGAUCAGACGAGCGACUCGCGUAACAAACGCGAGGAGGCGGUGGGCGCGUCUCAGGGUGAGAGCGUUCCGAAUCGUCGGGACUCGGACGAAGACGACCAGUCCGGCAAUAGUCGCGAGGAUAGCAGGGAGAGACGACGGGAGGCCAGUCCCGAUCGUCGGAGGUACGAAUACGAGCGGAAGAAUGCGUAUUACGAGCGUGAGUACGAGGACGACUAUUACUACGAUCGCCGGCGCGACAACGAUUUCGAACGCCGAGACGACGACCGCAAGCACAGUCGCGACGAUCUGGAUCGUAGGGAAGAUGUGGUGGACAGAAGGAUCCGAGGAAAAGAAGAUCCGGAUGAGAGGGACGGCAGGAGAAGGCCGGAUGACCGCAGGAGGGUGGACGAUCCGCGUCGUCGAGAUCCGAGGGAUUACGAUUCGCGAUUUUUCAGGGAUCGGGACUACGUGGAUCGCGAGAGACGAAGGGACGACAGGCGAUCCCGACGGUACGACGACUACGAUAUGAGGGAUCCGUACAGGAGAGAGUAUUACGACGAUCCUUACGGAAGAAGUUCCAGGCCCUCAAGUAGGUCUUCUUACAACGACAGGGACCGUGAAUAUUACAUGCGUGCCAGGGAUCCUUACUACGCUUACAACGGAUACGGCGGAUAUGAUUAUAAUGCUCAUUACGGUAACAAUUACUACGCGUAUCUCGAGAAUCUACGCCGGACGAAUCCUGCCGCCUAUUCCGAGUGGUACCACAAAUAUUACAGCGGCCAACAUCAGCAAUCGCAGCACAUCGCCAGAGGCGUCAGCAAUUAUCCGGAAGACAGAGCCAGCGUUCAUUCGGGUCGUAGUUCUUGUGAUGAUAGGACCGCCGGUGACAAACGAACUUUAGGUGAUAUGUUGGAGGAUUCGGCAAUUACUUCGGCUCGGGUUACGCCGACCAAGUUUUCCACGUCUCACGCAUACGGAUGCUUCUCCAUUGGAUCUUUGGUACACGUUCAUCCUAGUUACCCAGCCGACGGCGAGAGAGCUAAAGUCGACAUUUUUCGUAUAGACAACUUAUUGUUGUACGAUCCUGUCGCACGGGAUUUACGAUCGUACCCUGGACCUCUGAUCAAUGGCGUCACGCACAAAAAAACGAUCAUCGAAUAUUGCGAAAGUAAAAUCAAGAGGGCAAGCGAGGAGAUGGUCGACCGCGCUUCGUACAUUUUGCUGUAUGAACUGAUGAUUAUGCUGAUUCAACAGAACGGGAACGUCGUCGGAGUCGAUAUCGCCACGCUCUUACUGCGUAACAAGGAUGCUUAUCCAUACGACGCGAGCAAACCUAAAUCCCAGGAUGUGGGACGCAGGGAGUCCGUGAUAUCGCAACGAUCCGGAGCGACGGGCGGUGACGGAAGUACUCAGGACAUUUCCACGCUGUCCGACAAGACCGAAACCAAGCAACGAAAAACCAUCGAGCAAAUAACAGACGAGUUUAGAAAUACGUUACUCUACGGCCUGGUUCAAGAAGCAUUGGAGUACGCGAUGAACGAGGGACUCUGGGGCCAUGCUCUCUUCUUGGCCAGCAAAUUGGACAGACGCACACACGCUUCCGUGAUGACUCGUUUUGCAAACAGCUUGCCGCCGCAUGAUCCACUGCAGACCUUGUACCAGCUACAUUCUGGUCGCGUACCAGCCAUAGUCACGUGCGUCGCGGAUCCGCGUUGGGAUGAUUGGCGGCCUCAUUUGGCCAUGAUUAUCUCCAAUACUUCGGCCAAUCCUGAAGUGAACCGCCGAUCGAUAACCACCCUCGGCGAUACAUUGUCCGCGAGGGGGGACAUCCACGCGGCGCACUUCUGCUACAUCCUCGCGCAAAUUGAUUUUGGGGCCUACGGGACCAACGGAGUCAAACUCGUAUUGAUCGGCGCAAACCACAACAAGCCGUAUUCCGAGUUCCUCACCACGGAAGCGGUUAUGUUAACGGAGAUUUACGAGUACGCUCGGAAUCUCAGCGAUCCGUGCUUCACACUGGUGGACCUGCAAAAAUUCAAGUUCGACCUGGUCGUGAAAAUGGUGGACUGCGGAUUAAUGGAGAAGGCUCUGCUAUAUAUCGAACAGAUCGCGACGAAUGUCGCGAACGACGCGUCCAACUACAAGAGAUCCUUCAUCGAAGCUGUCUACACGUUGGGCGAUCGAAUCAAGUACCACGAUCCAAUUUGCAAAGAUUCUACCGAAGAUGCCGCGAAUUUAAUGUGGCUGAACAAAUUGGCGGAAAUAGUCGGGAAAUAUCAGAACGGUGAAAUGGCCGACAACGCUCGUGUCGAUCCCCGUGCUAAUGCGCAAAAUCAGGAGAUUCAAGAAAUGAAGACGCAACAACAGAACUGGAACACCGUUCAAUCCGACGGGCCUGCGUCGAUGAUGGAAGUCUCUUCCGGCGGCGAGGUCAAGUCAGACUGGCAACCUCUGUCUCUGCCUACGAACAUUCAAGAAACGUACGAUCCGCAAUACAUGAGAAGCAUGGACGAGUCCGCUCAAUAUCAGCAGCAACAGCAGCAGCAGCAGCAAGAUUAUUGGAAUCAGCAGUCGUAUUAUGAAGGCAAUUACGGGAGGAAGGAAUCAACGCCGUCCAACUGGCAGCCGGCCGAUCAGGCUGAGAUCGAUAGCGCACAACAGCAGGACAAAUGGAACUAUGAGGAAAGGGAAGAGAAAACGCCCACUCCCGAACCUAUGCAGCCGACAAUCUCCAUGACGCCGUCGAUGAGUAAGCAGUACGAUCCGUUGGAGGAGUUAGAUGCGCUCGAGACACCGAAAUCCGCGACCGAGACGAAGAAAGCAGCCGAGAAAGCGACCGAGAAGAAAGCCGCUAAUAGCGGUAGCUCCUGGUUCGGCGGCUUGUUCAGUAAACUCGCACCGAAGCCGAAAAAUCAAAUGAUAUUGCCGGACGAUAGCAACCCAACGAUCGUGUGGGAUCCUGUCGCCAAGAAGUGGACGAACAAGGAUGAGGAUGGCGACAACGGUGCUGCGUCGUUGGCACCACCGCCGAAGGCGGCCGACGUGAGUUUCCGAGCACCAACAAUGGAACGCAGCGGUCCGCAGCUUCUACCGGGCGCUCACAACGAGGAUGCGGCGGCGGAUCCUCCGAAAUCGGUCACCGGUAGCAAUAUGUACAAACUACCGAAGGUCAGGAGCAUGCGCGCCAAUUACGUGGACGUGAUGAAUCCCGGCGGAUCCAAAAGUAGCACUGCGUCGUCCAACAUGCCCACCCCCGUGACGUCCCCGCUCGUACCGAUGGCUACUUCGUCCCCGCAAUUGUUCGUUCCCAUGCCAAUUAACGAUCCAACCGCUCCUGUGGAUUUCUUAACUCCGGCAGCCGUCGCGCCAUCCGGAAACGUCGCCGAAAAUACGCCGCAAACACUCUCUCGCUGGAGCUCGACCAGCUCGUUAUCACGAGAGGUGCAGAGUUACACAAUGAGGGAUCCGCGGCUCCUUCAACGGACCAAGGGACCAAUGAUGUUCAAUCCGAGUGACAUGAAGGAUCGUUCGGUGAAGAACAUGCCAGCUAGCAGAUAUCCUCCGCGAUAACUUCUGCGACCGUUCACGAUUGGUUAUUACUCAAAUUAGGGGAAUUCGUAUCAUUUUUCAAUCGUGUUGAUACAUUGUGAAUUUUCGUUUCUACGUAGAACUCGACAGCGUCUGUAAAAUAGUGACGGACGGUGGCACGUACAAGACACAUGUCUUUACAUCAAUCUUUCAUCACGUUUUGUUUAUCGUAUGAAGAAUUAGGGUCGAAUACGACAUAUUCGAAGAGGAAACAGUUCCCAUAUGGUAAAAGGAAAUAAUUUUAACGAUAUAAUAUUCGUGGCGCGUAUCUCACCUAGUGAAGUAUAGUUGUUGAUUUGCAAGCUCUUUUCCCUUGUUCACUCUUCGGCGAAGAAUACGCGUCCGAGAGAAUAAUUUUCACGGAAUGUUUCGUAACGAAUUCAUUUCGAAGCUGGACAUAUUGCUUUCGAUUUUCAGUUAUGCAUUUGCAUAAUCGCGAACGGAUUAAUCGCGCGUUCUAGAGAAAUGCGCGAGCGCAUUCCCGUUAUUAUAUUCGCUUAGCUCGUAAGUAUUGUCAUCUUGUACCGGAUUUGAUGUCAUGCGAAAUCCCGCAAGCACGAAUUCGCGCUAGUGAGAUGUAAAGAAGUUUUUACCUGCAACAUUAUACAUAUAGACAUCUAUUUAAGUUGUACGGAUGAAUAGUCACUCGAAGUGGUCUCGAUGAUGAUAGCGAGAAUUAUAGCGCUAAUUGUAGCUCAGUUAUCGCAACGUUUGUUACAACACACAUGGCCUCGGUAUUAUAUAUUAUAUGUAUACACACACGUGCUGUAAUUCCAAGUCUGAUUUUAUACGUCGGGGAAGGAGCAUCGCGUGUAGAACCGGUAAAUACGGAAAGAUGAUGUUAUAGAGAUAUGAAAAUUUUAUCGACGAUGUAUGAAGGAUCACGUUAUCACGCGAGAGAAUGUGUAUAAUAGAGAUGUUGUUAUCCAUAUAUAGACGUCGGACUACAUUACGAUAUAAUGAUAUACGAUACACCAAUAAUAACACACACAACUGCCAUCAACGUGGAUCGUGCGAAGAGUGAUGUGAGAACGUUUGUAUCGCGAUUCGUUUAGGCUUAUAAGAUUCAUCCGCUGAUUGAUGUCUGUAUCCCUGGAGGAAGAUUCUCCGUCGGUUCUAAAGGUUGUGAGUGCGAUUCGGGCGGAGAGGGGAGGGGACGAGGUAAAAUGGCGUUGGAAACAGAUAGAGAGAUAGUUGUUUCAGUGCUUGUCGGCACGCGUUGCGUAUAAGUUGCGCUCCAUUUGUCACCUCGUUCUGUCUCGAGCGGAUAGCGUUGAACGAACGCGAUUUUAGAAAAAAAGUUUCCGUGAAAACGACGCUGUCUUCGAGUUCUCUCUCAUCAGUGAGUUACUGACUCAUAUUGAAAUUUUUCACAGAAUCAUUCAGAAGCGCGCGACAGAUCCCCCCUAGUGGAAGCUAGAGACGCUCGUCUCUUGCCAUUAAUCACAGCUAGAACAGACUGGUUUAGGUCAAUUUUUGUAAAUUAUAUGACUCACGCGAUACAUUUUAUAUUUGUGACAUACCAAUUGAAUGUACUCACUCGGUGCAUAUGUUAUAUAUAUACGUCGGGAGUUCACUUCGAAGAUUUGCUAGCUUGCGAGACGGAACGGAAUUCCCUUCUGUAAUUUUAACCGCCGUGCAAUACAACGUUCGUUGAAGAUUUACGGAUGCGCGUGUAGAUGUGAAUACAUUUGUAUAAACGUAAUACCGAUUCUUUCGCGUAAGAUUCUGUCUCAAAUUCCGUUUCGCGAGUUAUCGUCUGGAGUGUACUUGACGAGACAAUGAAUAUCGUGGAGAUUCCGCCGCGUGUAAGUUGUGCAUGCACGAAAGUCUGAGAGAUUUGUAUAUAUACCGUGUUUAAAUGUAGCUUUCAUAAGCUCGUGAAAUCUGAAUUGUUUAUACAUAGAAUUUGCUUAUUUUUCACUACCGAAUUAUUAUUUCAUAAGACACCGUUGCGCUUUCAUCGAAUGAAUGAACGAACGAACAACCAGAACGGCUCUACUUGUGGUAAAUGGCAGUCUUUAUUACGACCGUCUCGCUACACACAGUUAAUCUAUGUAAUCGAGUAAUUUCGUUGAAAGCCUGCGUAUAGUCUUAGCGUGACGCGUCGACAUGUUACAUAGACACGCCUUCAACACUUACGCGUAACGUUUAAUGGUGUAAUCGAGAUUUCGGGUGGUGAAACACGUGCAAUCGCGUCAACUAUAAGCGACAAUGUCGCCCUUUACCUACCUACCUAUUUGCUUAUCAUUUACAACACAUGCGUCGUUGAACGCAUCUUUACUUUCUAGCGACAUCUCCGUUCGCGGCGGGGACAUCGUCGUUGUAGAAUGUUACGGUUGGUUGGUGCAAUCGAUCCGCCCGAGAGCUCGAAUGGUGAUAGAUAAACUGUUAUGGCAGAAUGACAUGUGUGAAGAGAGAGAGAGAGAGAGAGGAUGUUAAGAUUAGCCUUAAAGUUGAACAGAAGUAUUAAUUGAGCUGUAAUGUAUGUAUAGGCCCGGUUUAUAAACGACGCGAUUCGUCUUGAUGUAACAUAUUACGUACUGUACACGUUUCACGCACUUUCCAAUUCAAAGUUGAUGUAUGUUUAUGGGAAACACGGAUUAUAAUGAUAACAAUUACAUACACUGUAUAUUAUAUUAUAAUAUUAUGAUUACUGUCAUAUUAUUAUUGAUAUUAUAAUAAAGAGUAAUACAAAUCA